AUGUGGUCGGUUCUGUUGGCCUUGACCGUGACCAGCGUGCUGGGAGAAGUAGUGAAUGUCCACGUGGAUAAUGGUGUGGAACAGAAAUUCAGUUUCGAAGUCGACUACCAGAACGAUAAAUUUUUACUUGACGGUAAACCGUUCCAAUAUGUGUCCGGCAGUUUUCAUUAUUUCCGAACGCCGAAGCAAUACUGGAGGGAUCGUUUAAGAAAAAUGAGAGUGGCUGGAUUGAACGCCAUUUCUACUUAUGUGGAAUGGAGCCUCCAUCAGCCUUUUGAAAAUGAAUGGCACUGGUCAGGAGAUGCGGAUUUAGUAGAGUUUUUGAAUAUCGCUCAAGAAGAGAAUUUGCUGGUUCUUUUAAGACCUGGUCCUUACAUCUGCGCGGAGAGAGACUUUGGUGGUCUUCCAUUUUGGUUAUUAACGCGCGUGCCGGAUAUAAGAUUGCGAACAAAUGAUCCACGUUAUAUGAAAUACGUUGAAGCAUACUGGGACGAACUGUUCAAAAGAGUCGAACCUCUGCUCAGGGGAAAUGGAGGUCCUAUAAUCAUGGUUCAGAUAGAGAACGAGUACGGGAGCUACGGAUGCGACACGCAAUACAUGAAUCGUCUGCGAGACAUUACGAAAGAAAAAAUCGGGACGAAGGCGCUCUUGUAUACGACCGACGGAAACAGCGGCAAUCUACUUCGCUGCGGAUCUGUACCAGGUGUCUACGCGACCAUCGACUUCGGAACAAACGUCAACGUGACGUCCAGCUUCGAAACAAUGCGUUUGUAUCAACCGCAAGGUCCGUUUGUAAACUCUGAAUUCUAUCCCGGAUGGUUAACACACUGGCAAGAACGGUUCAGUCGAGUGAAAACUAAUGCAGUUGCAAAAACCUUGGACGAAAUGUUGUCUGUUGGCGCAUCCGUUAAUUUCUAUAUGUUCUACGGUGGCACGAACUUCGGUUACACCGCUGGUGCUAACGGCGAUGAAAAUGCGUAUUCUCCGCAUAUAACGUCCUAUGAUUACGAUGCACCGUUAACCGAGGCAGGUGAUCCGACGCCAAAAUAUUUUGAAAUCAGAAAUGUUAUCUCCAAGUAUUUUCAGCUACCAAACAUGCCCCUUCCGACUGUAUCGCCAAAAGGUAAUUAUGGAUCGGUUCUAUUGUCGCCAGUGGUCAAUCUUUUUGAACCGCUUGGUCGCCAAGUGUUUGCAACGGUCGUUCUCGAAAACUCGGAGCCGCUAACAUUUGAAGCUCUUGGAUUGUCCCAUUGGCUGGUGCUUUACGAGGCGGAUUUAGUGUCCAGGCCUGCAGACCCAGCGAUUUUGCACGCAAACGUUCGGGACAGAGGACUGAUUUACGUGGACGAUUACUUAAUCGGAACGUUAAGUCGCACUAACAAAAUGUAUGAUAUACCCAUAGAGUAUCCUCAUGCACAGAAAUUGAAGAUACUGAUUGAGAAUCAAGGAAGACUGAACUUUGGAAGAGGACUUCGGGACUUUAAGGGAGUUUCAGGUGUAACCCUAAACCAAAUACCCCUUGGUCCAUGGAAAAUGACAGGCUACAGUCUGGACAACAUCACUCUGGUCCGGUCUCUGCCUGCGAAAACGAUGGAAAACGGUACUCUUCGUAAAGGUCCGGUGCUCCUUCGCGGCACCUUCAUAAUUUCCGGGGAACCAAGGGAUACGUACUUGAACACUAGCGAUUGGGGCAAAGGCGUAGCUUUCAUAAAUGAACACAACCUUGGCCGAUAUUGGCCACUUGUCGGACCCCAAAUGACGUUAUAUGUACCCGCGUGUUUCUUGAGGACCGGCGAGAAUGAAUUGAUUCUCGUGGAAUUGGAAUACAUACCGAACAGUAAGAGGAUGAUAUUACAAACGACACCGAUACUUGAUUAUCAACCUUAAUUAAAUAUCGUAUGAAAUUGGAGAUGGU